GUUACCCCCAAUAAGUUGGGUCAGCUAAGAGUAUAUAAGGGCGGAGUAACACCGUGUUUCUAUACACUAGACGACACAAGACAAACAGCUCUCCCUUCACUAUUUGUUAGAUUGUGUCGACCACCGACAGAAGAAUGAAGUCCACCGGUGCAAUAACAACCAUCCUCUUGGGCAUUUGUGCCUUUGCAAUGGGCGCCCCUCAAAUCCACAGAGACGAGGAAGUAGUCCCACCGAGACCGUAUGCAUUCAACUACACGAUCCGAGAUCAGAUUAACGCUGUGAUGGCUGCCAGGAUAGAGGAGGGCGAUUCCCAGGGAGUGAUCAGAGGCUCAUACACAUACAUCAGGCCUGAUGGGAUUAUCCAGACAACUAGUUACAUCGCUGACGAGAACGGCUUCCGAUCCGAGACAAAGGAGGAGCCAGCAGGUGGCCUCGAGAUUCCCGACCCAUCAGGUACCAUCCAGGUAGCUGUCAAUCUGCCCGACGCCGAGCCGUACAGUUACCAGUUUACGGCUGACGAGUACAAGAAACUCAUUUCAAAAUCUAAAGUGUAACCAGCGAUGCUACUAUUCUUCGGCGUCCAUGAAUCUCACAAUUCUAUGCUCAUGAUUUUCCUUGAUAAGCGAGAAUGAAUGCGUUGAGUUUGUUAGGUUAUAUUGUUUUCGUUAGGAAGUAAGUAUAAGCAUAUUAUUCUGCAAAUUACGAUGAUUUAUUUAAAUUUACAGAUUUUUGAAUUUUAAUGACAUUUCCAGCUUCUCUUCCUCUAUGGCAUCCACGGUGUGAAUCACCUUGUACGCCUUCAAAUCACUCUACUCAUGUUGACACUGUCUAGUAAGAUUCUAAAGAAGGCGGGUAAAUGGAAAAACAAAAAUAAUCAAUGUAAUUUACAAAUAAGUUACAAAUAAAAUAAAACCAAUAAAAACACUGUAUCCUGUAAGUACUUAAAUUUAGAUAAGUCUAAUUUUGUAAAAACUACUACCUAUAUCAUACUGUCAUGCAUGAAAAAACUUUAUUCAUGUGUAGUAAAAAAAUCAUUUAUCACGUAUUAGUUAAUCUCUCACCUUCAUAUACUAUACAUAUCUAGUAAAACUGUAG